CAGACAGGCCUCUAGUAAAACGGGCCGUGCUUGGGACCGCCUGUUGGCUUUACUUGGCUUUAAGUUCUGUAUUCUGACGCCGGAAUCCUGUGGUUCUAACUGAAGAUUGUACCACCGAUAGGAUUGUUGAGUAACCGUGACAGUCGGUGCUGACACUGAGUACGAGCCAUAGUAGAAUGAUGACGUCAUCCCAAGUUUCCCGUGUUCUGCUGGCUGUCCUUUGCAUCCAUCAGUUCGGUCUGACUCGGGGGAUAUCUAUAGGGGUAGUCUCUAACAGUACCAAGGUGGAGCGAGCCGUGCAAGCAGCCAUCGCACUAGUCAACGACAAUCCUCAGGAUUUUCCAGGAGUCAUGAUAGAGCUCAAGCAUCAAACUGUCACCGAUGGAACCGCCUUCAGCGUUCAGCAAGCAGAGCAUCGGUUAAUUGAUGUUGGUGUUUGUGUUGUGCUGACCAUUCCAUUCAACACCGACAUCCGGGAAAUCUCUUCUCAAAACCGGACAAAACUCGUCCCACGUUUCCGUUUCCCGCCAGCGCAGCCGUGGCCCCGAGUGACAGACCUGUAUAUGGCUCCACUGUAUGGUGUAUGGCAUCAAUUAAUCCUGGACCUGAUGACCGAAUACUCCUGGCGGUCUGCAGUAGUACUGUAUGAUGAUUCUAUUGGUCUCCAGUCUCUAGAGAGAUUCUCGGACGCGGUGUCGCUGAGGGGCUGGUUAAUAUUGAUGGCAAGUCUCAACACCAAAUCUGACCUGACCCUAGAUAUCGAAGAAACGAUUGAUGUCAUCAAGAAAGUACGCAAAUAUCACAUCAGGACGUUCAUACUGCACUGUCGACUGGAUGUUACCAAGGCCGUGCUGGAACUGGCUUCCGACAUGCUUCUCCUGAAUGGCCAAUCGCACUGGAUAAUCACACAUCCAGACAUAGCUAGAGAUCUACAUGUACUGGGUAGGUUUGUAAACGACAAUGUGCUCUUCACUGCACUCCGUCUGCACAGACAGACGCCAAAAUCAGGAAAUGACUUAGAAGACGACCUGGUUCAUGACGCCAUCUUGGCAGCAGCAACAGGAGUGCGGAAGGUUUUAAGUGAUGGAGCCUCAGUAGAAAGGACAACGUGGUGUCGGGAUGGAACUCUGCUGAACUCUAUUCGCCAGGGGACAUAUCCCGGGCGCACUGGAGUCGUGACUUUUGACGACAAUGGAGCAAGGAGUGACGUCACUAUCUGGGUGCUAGAGCCAGUGGAUGGAAUAAUGGCGGAGGUUGGUACAUGGACCAAAGGAGUUGGUUUUCAUCGCCAAGCGUCUACCCCCAUACAUAGCCUUUCUUUUGCGUUCCCACGGCGACCUCUUCGCGUUGCGGUGUUCUUGAACCAUCCGUGGGUGGUAUUGAAGAAAGAUUUCCUGAACUAUGUUGGGGUUCAUCAGUUCCAAGGCCUGGCCGUCGAUACAUUGAAGAUGGCUGCACUGAGAAAAAACUUCACCGUUGACGUUUAUAUGAAUCAAACCUCCAGUGUUGCUGCUCUGAGGCGAGAGGCCGUCAAAGACAGGGCAGACAUAUAUCUUGCAGCCAAGCCUGUGCGGCCCAGUUUGCUGCGGCACUUCGAUGUUUCCCCUUCCUUGGCCGAGUUGGGUUAUGCCAUGUAUGUGAAAAGACCUGAACAAAGUCACGUUGGCAUCCAGGCUUUCUUACGCCCCUUCUCGUACGAGGUCUGGGCCUACAUUGGGAUCUCAUACAUGGCAAUUAGCCUUCUUCUAAGCGUCGUAAAUGCGGUUAACCCAUACGAGUGGUUCUGCCUGGCAAAACGCGGUGAAGCUUCUCCUCAGGAGGGGGGAACGUACCUGCCAUGGAACAGCCUGUGGAACGCUUACGGCGCCUUUGCCCAGCAGGGAGCAGUGACUGUACCACAGUCCUUUGCCGGAAGGUUCAUCAGCGGAGCGUGGUGGUUCUUCAUGACAGUUAUCGUGGCUUCCUACACAGCCAACCUCGCCGCGUUCCUGACUGGAAGCGCCAACCAACCAACGAUUAGUUCGCUCACAAGUCUGGCCAAUCGGGACGAGAUGUCUUAUGGCUGGGUUGGAACAUACUCUAUUAAUGACUUCAUGAGAGCCAGUACAACUGAACCAUACGCCACAAUGUGGAAAUACACUGAGGAGCAGAAUAGGACCAAUCUUGUCAGCGGAGUCAGGAGAGGUCUCAGCCGAACCGUUCAGGGCGACAAGUACGCCUUCAUUACCUCCACUGCAGUCCAACACCGGCGCUAUGAACAGCUGUGUCACCUUCAGGUGGUUGGCCAGAAAUUUUUCACCUACGGCUUUGCCCUACUUUUUCCAAAGGGGUCAGUUUACAAGGACGAAAUCAGUUGGGAGAUUCUCUACCUGCGACAAGAAGGAUAUCUGGAGAUGCUCGAGAAGCAGUGGCUGACAGGAUCUGGUGAAGACAUAUGUUCGGACAAACGUCAGACAACAGAAGACACAGGUGUUCUCGGUGCGGAGAGCUUCAUGGGACUAUUCAUGUUCCUUGCAGCGGGUGUUGGAAUAGGGAUGGUCAUCCAGCUCGUCGAAGUCUCAUGGUUUAACGCGAGAGGAAACAAAAGAAAGCAUGAUGUGGUACGUUCUGUCAGCAUGAGGGUGCAUCUGACGGAAGUCUUGCUUUCCGGGAAAGAAACAACGACGCUAUAAUGCAUCCGCGAUAGAAAGUUUGAAGAAUGCGAGGGCAUGUGGCUGUGGAGUUGAUGCUUGUCUUUGGGUUGCUGACAUGUUGGCUCAAGAGUGUUAAAUAAUUCUUGUCCUUCUGAGUCAGUAUACAUAUGUGCUGGUUGCACAUGGUUUGGGGUAUUGAUGUCAUACCACAGUGAAACGCACUGAAUACAGAAGUUGUUCUGCAGCAGCGCGCAGUUAAUGGUCGGAUGAAACAAUACACAGAGGGCUUAUAGGUAAAAUCAUUGACUGAAGGACUGGAGUUUUACAAUGAAAUUUCUAUGUGUAAACUCUAUAUGGCCUCCUCCGGUCAAUAUUGACCAUGGUAAAAUCCUAAUUGAUAUCAGCCCUACAGCGUCGGCUGUAAACUAAUGUAUAAACUAUUAUCAGUAAAAUGUGUGUUAGUCGCUGUUCCCUUAUGCGUAAAAUGAAACACUAUAUGACUUUUUAGGAUAAUAUUACUUUGCAUGGGAUACGCUAUUUGCAUAAAGAAAUAGAUAUGAAUACCUGGUAUCUCCCAUAUUCUGUUAUCCUAGAUAUCUUGUCAUUCCCGGGUUAUAAUCCCGGAAUUGGGAAGUAUUUAAUAUUUGGCAUCAAACUCAUUCCGAUGCCCCGAUGAGAUCUCCCGGCCUUCUUCUCAGAGACAAUUAUUUUCCUAGAAAUUAUGACACAGGAAGUGUGCGAACUAUCAAGUUAUGAUUGUAAUGGACUGGGGGAUGCUUAUAAACGAUUCUUGGCUAAAAGACAAGCCUUACUUGGAACAAUGCUGCCUAUACACGUACUAUCAAAUGUCGUUUAGAUUACUAGUAUUUAGUAGUGGCAAAUUAUUGGACAUGGGGCAUAUCCGAACUUCACGAAAUAUGCAAGAAGCCAAAAGAUAGCAGUAUAUGUAACCCAUUGGGAUUCAAAAUAAACCACCAAGAGAA